AUGUGACCGGCUCAGACCGGUUCUGGAGACAAAAGGGGCCGCGGCGGCCGGAGCGGGACGGGCCCGGCGCGGGAGGGAGCGCAGCACCGCGGGCAGCGAGCGAGAUGCAGCACCGAGGCUUCCUCCUCCUCGCCCUCCUCACCCUGCUGGCGCUCACCACCGCGGUGGCCAAAAAGAAAGACAAAGUGAAGAAGGGCGGCCCGGGGAACGAGUGCGCGGAGUGGACCUGGGGGCCCUGCACCCCCAGCAGCAAGGACUGCGGCGUGGGUUUCCGCGAGGGUACCUGUGGGGCCCAGACCCAGCGCGUCCGGUGCAGGGUGCCCUGCAACUGGAAGAAGGAGUUUGGAGCCGACUGCAAGUACAAGUUUGAGAGCUGGGGAGCGUGUGAUGGGGGCACAGGCACGAAGGCCCGCCAAGGCACCCUGAAGAAGGCGCGGUACAAUGCCCAGUGCCAGGAGACCAUCCGCGUGACCAAGCCUUGCACCCCCAAGACCAAAGCCAAGGCCAAAGCCAAGAAAGGGAAGGGAAAGGACUAGCGGCCGGGUCUGGAUGCCAAGGAGCCCGGGGCCCGUGCCCUCCCUCCCACGGGGCCAAGAUCGAACCUACCAGUGCCUUUUGUCUACUCAUUAGCU